UAUGUCUUCCCAAUUCCAUGAUGCGGCGUCUCGUUUCGUCUACAUACUUACAAGAGGUCGGCGCAAUUGGUUAGCACCCGAAGACUUCAUUCCUUUAGUUCAAGAUGUAGUUGAAACACAUCCUGGUUUGACUUUCUUGAAAGAAGCUACGGAAUUCCAUUCAAGAUAUGUCCACACCGUCAUAGCUAGAAUUUAUUAUUGUGUAAAUAGGUCUUGGUCUGCGAAAAUUUCAAUACCAGAACUGAGAAGAUCUAAUUUACUCAGCAUCAUUCAGUUGUUGGAAGAAGAGGAAGAUAUUAAUCAAAUCACCCAGUAUUUUAGUUAUGAACACUUUUAUGUAAUUUAUUGCAAGUUUUGGGAGCUGGAUAGGGACCACGAUCUCUUUAUUGAUAAGCAAGAUCUGACUAGGCAUAAUGACCAUGCACUCUCGACACGUAUAAUCGACCGAAUUUUUUCUGGUUGUGUCACCAGGGGUCACAAGAAACAACGAGAAGAUAAAAUGUCUUACACUGAUUUUGUGUGGUUUCUUCUCAGCGAAGAGGAUAAACUACACCCAACAGCCAUUGAAUAUUGGUUCCGUUGUAUGGAUCUAGAUGGCGAUGGUUACUUGUCUAUGUACGAGUUGGAGUACUUCUAUGAAGAACAGAUGCAUAGGAUGGAGUCAAUUGGGAUCGAAACAUUGCCCUUUCAGGAUUGUCUCUGUCAAAUGAUGGAUAUGGUGAAGCCAAAGAGCCCAGGAAAAGUAUCUCUCAGUGACCUAAAAAGGUGUAAAAUGACUCCCAUUUUCUUUGAUACUUUCUUCAAUCUAGAGAAAUACUUGGAUCAUGAACAGAGAGAUCCAUUUGCCUCACAACGAGAUCACGACAUUGAUGGGCAAGAGAUGUCAGACUGGGAUAGAUAUGCAGCGGAAGAGUAUGAACUUUUGGUAGCAGAAGAGGGGGGAAAUGACCAACAAGAUAGUCUCUCAUACGAUGAGGGGAAUGAAGAUCUCCUUUCACAGCACUUAGAUGGAGCAUUUGACGAGGAUGACCCUGCAGAACUAACAGAUGACAGCGAUGAAUGUAGCAUUUAGCAUGACUGUACCCAUGUUUAACAUCACUAAAUAAUUAAUCUAGUCUUCGUAAAAUUGAGUAUCUCCCCACACUUAGUAGUAGGGCUAAACCAUCAGAAGUUUUUGUGGUCAGGAAAUAGAGGAGAAAUAUUUGAAGAAUUCUUCGCAAGGACCUCAAUUCAAAAACUUAUAAACUGAGAUUUUUUAACAAAGAUUUUAUUUGUCUAUUAUGGUGUUUUUUAUCUUUUGCUUAGACUUCAUCAGGUACAAAUCCAAAAUACUUUGAAUCUCAUUCAGAAUGAAUGAGAUUCAAAAAGAUGAAUGUUUUAUAUUAUUUCUAAGUAAAGCAUAGCUAGAGUAAGGUGGACGAAAAUUAAUGGAACUUAUAUAGUUUUUCAAAGAAAACAAGGCAAAAUGUAGUGACGAAUGAAAAGUUUGAUAUACCUAGCAAGUAAUAGGAGUUAGAAAAUCCCAGUAGCUUUUUUCAAGUAGAUCCUACUCUAUUAUUAAGAAUAUUUACUAAUACUCAUAAAUUAGUAUUUUGGAAAUAUUAUAUUUCAACUGAUCCGUUUUUUGCGGUUCCAACAAUUAUAAAACAGCCUGCAAACUAGCAAAGUAAUGAUCUUUCAUUGAUAUAAAUUUAAAAUUACAAGUACCUUAUGAUAGUGGUAGCCUUUAAAGAAAUUUAUUAGGCACCAAGUGAAAAAUUUAUUGAGAAAAUGCAAAAAAAAUUCCAUUGGAAUAAAUUUCACUAAACCAUGUUAUCCAGUGUGAUCUUUAUAUUUGAAGCAGAAAGUAUUUUGUACGUACGUAAACUGUUGUCAAGUAUUAGAAUAGAAAAUUGUAUGUUGUUUAUUCACAGAUGUAAGCUUUGAAGUUUUUCUUUAGUUUUAGACCAGUUAGUAGGGAAUGAACAGGCUUGCCGAAAAUUUGGUUGGAGGAAACAUAUUGAUAGAAUUUAUAGUUUUGAAAUCAGGGAGAAAGAUGGCAACCAGAGCUCAAACACAAAGCAUUCAUGAUUCAACACCACAGAUGUUAUCAAACUCACUGAAAAAGUUAGAUGUUGAAUAGAAUAUGUUUUGAAAUAUAUUUUGUAUUUUUUUACAUUUCUGACUUAUGAUGCACUGCUUGGAA